AUAGGGGUAUGUUUCUUACUCGUGCUGUGCAUGAAAAGAGAGUUUCAGUUCUAGUGCAAAACCUAGUUGAUACAGAACAUUGUGCUGAUCUUGUGGCUGCGUGGUUCUAACCAAAAUGAUGGUUUUGUAUUGUCAAGGUAGGAAACUGAAACUGGUGGUUAUUGUACGCUUGUAUAGAAAAUUUGUGAUGCGAAACUUGACGAGAUGCAGAGGCAGUACACUUAGACAUGAUUGAAAUUUGUGUAAGAAUCGUUGCAUAUUGUUAGGGCUAAAUGAAAUGCCAAGAAACAUUUCCCAUUAACUGCUUAUUCACUGCAGGGUUGCUGAGGGUACCCUGCACAGGUGCAUCUUCCCACGCUGGGCGAUUUAGAGAUGCCUGUUCAUAUCUGCAAUGUAGGGGGAGACGAGCAAAGCGCAUAUAUUCAGGGCCCAGCUGGGAAUCCCAGUCAAGUGAGAGCCCAAGCAAGUCAGAACACGGCUGCUUCCAGUACAUGCUGUGGCAUUUUAUAAAAUAGGAAGCUGCCCCUGAGAUGUGUGGGACGUUCCAGCUGAGGGGCAGUCCUUCCUGUCCAGAUUUUGUAGCUUGAGCCAGUGGUUUUCAAAAUUUUAAAAAAUUAAAAAACAGGGAAGGAAGGUUAAGCAAAUCAUUCUUCGGGGGAGGUGCUGAGUCUCUGCUACUCCCCACCCACCCCCUGCUGCAUGCGAUAGAGGAGAAGCAGAUAGCCGCAGCUGCUGAAAUACAUCUCCUUCCCACCGAGGCAACAUCUUAACCAGAAAAGAAGCUCCGCGCUGACGGUCCGUGUCUCUCUCAAGUAUGGAAGUUCCAGCUAAAGAGGGCGCCCUGUAUCUUCAGGUUGUCAAAUUCGGCAAGAAGAACUGGAAGAGGAUCUGGAUGAUGCUGUUCCCCGCCAGCUCCUCAGGCAUCGGCCGAGUGGAGCUGUAUGUCGUGCGAGACGGCCAGAUGAAACCGGGGAUCUGGAAGGCAGGCAGGAGGGUGAUCCGGCUGGCCGACUGCCUCAGUAUUUGCCCCGCACUGGAAGAAAGCUGCCCCCCAGACCACAUGGCCUUCUACCUGAACACCACCCAGCGCACUUACGCAUUAGCCGCCGAGUCCCACGAGGACUGGGUCUCCAGGCUCUGCCAGCUAGCAUUCCAGUGGAAUGACGGAAACCAGAAGUGGAGCAGAAAAGAGGAAAUGCUGAUGGAGGAGAAUGAAUUAUACUCUUCAUGGAAAACAGUCCAGUACAAAGUCACCAUCCAGAGGACAGAAGCAGCAGUGCGGUGUAAUCUUUCAGGAUCCUAUCUGCUGUCCCUCAGCAAUGACGCAAUUUCCUUACUGGACCCCGUGACAUCACAAACUAUCUAUGAUUGGCCGUAUCCAUUUCUUAGGCGUUAUGGCCAAGACAAGGAUACAAUCACUAUAGAGGCUGGACGGCGAUGUCACUCAGGGGAAGGUCACUUCACAUUUUUGUCCAAAGACGUGGCACAGAUCUACAAGAGCAUCGAAGAAGUCAUCACCAGCCACAGUGCCACCAGUGCGGAACCAAAGGCCAGCUCUAAACCCCCCACUACCAAAGCUUCUGGCAAGACGAGAGACCAGAUGGAUUCCCUGCCCAGUUGUCCAGACAAAACCCUUCCUGCAGUAUCACCUAGAAACGUCGUACUUCCAGACGUCACUGGCAAACUUCCUCCGCAACAAGCCAGUUAUCCCCAAGCUAUCCCCGAGACAAUGGAGUACUCUGUUUUACAAAUACCCACUGGAGACAGACAGUCAUACACAGUCCUGAGGACAAAAAACGAACAAGAGUGGCUGAUAGAAGAGGCCAAAAGUGACUGGGAGGAGGAGGAGAGACUUUGCUCCCUUGAGAGCAUUUGCCUUGACGACACAAUCGAUGAUGCAUUUACAAAAAGACCUCCUCUGAAUUACAAAGCAGCGGGCUGCUUGGAUGAAGGAGACCUGGAAAAGUGCAGCAGCUCAGAGUGUCAGAAUUCUGUGGCAAACUCCCAAUCAACUGGCAGAAAGGAGAACUCGGAGGAGGGCAGCGCGAGUCAUUUAAGUCAAACCACACCCAUUGUCACCACCACUGAGAUCCCUGUUGAUUUCAAGGAAAGGCUCUCAAACAUCCUAUUCAAGGAUCUGGCAAAGGUCCAGGCGCCACUCUGCAUUAAGUACACUGACACAGCCAAGACAUUUUGUUAUCAAGACAAGGUGAAGGAAGAACUGGGUAACUAACAAUGUCAGAUCUGGACUUUUAGAACCACUGGCAUCCCAUCCAAGAUGGCCUUCUGCCUAUGGUAGCUGGAAUGGAUGGAGGUUUUCAAUGAUGUGGCACAGCAGACUGAUUCUUAGUUUGGAUUCUUAGUUUGCUGAAGCUGGUUUUAUAUACGUGAGGAAAAACACAGACGUUAAGCACCCUAAAUUUGAUAGUCUUGCCCAAACCACCAGGUUUUAUGCCUCACAGACCUUGGGGGUGCUGACUAGACAGGAGGCUCUGCAAUGUGGUGUGGUGGAGAAUGAAUUUAGUAUGGAUAGCUGGCAGGAUUGGGGAAAAAAUCAGAGAAACCACACAAGGGUGUGUUUUCCAGUAACGAUGACUCUUGGCAUCUUACGAAGACUUAAAAGAUAUAUCUUACAAAAGGUAUUUCCUUUCCUACAUCUGUUUCCCGAACAAUCUCUUAAGAGACUGAUUAAGGCAGAGCUUUAAAAGAGCGACCUUAACAGGCGCCGGAACACCUGAUUGGUUUACAUCGAUGGCUCGAGAAUCGAUUAUUCCCUCCAUGCAGCAACUGCUUGGCUGCCUCAUGAGAGAAAGUGGUGUUCAUUAUAAAUAUAACAAUGCAGGAAUGCUUCGAAAUAUUGCAUUAAUUAGAACUGCUGAGAACCUAAAAAUAAAAUAGAAAGUCAAAUUGAAUCAUCUAACUGUAAAUAUGAUUUUUGCUGACUGGGUGCAUGAAGCAAUGGCCCAAUAGCCGAAAGAAAAGUUGCGUUACUACCUUAACAUAAUCGAAUGUCCUAUUUUUGGAGGAAAUAUAUUAGAGAAAUAUGUAAAUGUACCUGCAAGUUUUUUAUAUACCGUGACUUCGGCACAUUGGAGAAGUGUCUGCAUUCCAGGGGUGUCGGAAUCUGGAGGAACACGUCCACCCUAAAAUCAGCAACCCCCCAACUUCCCAAUUAGUAAAUAAAUACCUGAUCAACAGCGCGUUUCUUAUCUAUCUUUAUGAAUCCGCGGGUCACUGAGGACAAUUCGCUGCGCAUUCAGAGCGCAAGGACGAAGCCUGACAAAGACUGUAGUCAUAUAUUAGACAAAAUCAUUUUAUCACAUGGAUCAGUUAUUUUUUAAAUGACGUUUGGUUAUUAUAUUGUACCGUUAACUAUGUUUAAAUCAGCUGUAUGAGCCGACAACAGCGGUAAGAGACAGUUAAGCGAGGCUGAGACCAACCUUACGGAAGACAAACUCCACCACGAAAGUGUGAAAGGAAACACGUCGGAGCUUCAAGAGACAAACUUAGGAACGAAGAAGUGCUAAGAAAAAAAAUAU